AUGUUCCCCUGCUCGGUGCUCUUAUCGGCCCACGCCAGCAAUGGUUUUGCUCAUAACUCUUCAUUUCCAAAGAAAAUUCUCAGUUUGGCGCCGAAAAUGUAACCUGUACAUGUUCGCCGCACUACGAUCCUAUGCCACACAGGAGCCUCCAGAAGAGAUUUCGAAUCGGAAGUUGAAACGGCUUUUCAAGGUGAAUGGCAAGGAAAUAGCGAAUUUUAUCACCUUUCUUCAAGGUCGCUCAACUCUCGAAAAAGUCGCGAUCUUAUGAGAAUGACAAGAUCGACAAGUUGAGGGCGAUGGCCGAGUUUGGAUUGAAGUUCGUUUUUUUGAUCAGGGAAAAAGUGGAUUUUCGGGGAAAAAUCAUAGAAAUCGAUAUUUGAAAGGGAAAAGAGAGGCUCUGAAAAUGAUCAAAUAUUGGGUUUUUAUCGAAAAAAAAAACCGAAAAUUUUGAUUUCUAGCACGGAAAUUAUGGUUAAUGAUCUGAUAGUGACAUUUAUUUUUUGAUUAAAAAUGAUAUUUGAGCGCUAAAAAAUAAUUUCGACAGUUUUUUUUUCGUUUGAAAUGAAUUUUUGGGUUAAGCUUCAGAUAGAAUCUCAUUAAAAUUCCUAAUAUUUGGUCAUUAUUUCUGUUUUUUUAAUAGAUUUUUCGCUGUUUUUUUCAUUAUAAUUUCGUGAAAAAAACUUAUAAAUUUUUUUGAUUAAUUUUAUCACUAAAAAAAUUAAUAGGAUAAAUCUGAAAUUUCAUUCCACCUAUUUUUUUCAGUGGUUUUUAACAAUGCUACCCGGUACACUAUUUCCCGAACUUCAUUCAUUUUUUUGAUUUUCGAAGUCUUGAACAAAAAAACUUUUCCUUGAAUAUUCUAUAAAAAAAGAAUUUUUUUAGAGAAGACGAUUUGGCCGACCUUCCUGUGCACACUCGUCCCGUCGCCAGCAGUUCUCAUUCGCCCAAAAAAGCGGCUCAUUUAUACGCCCUCACCGAUAUUUAUCACAGAGCUCUGAAGGUCCUUUUUGACUAGGGAAAAAAAAUAUUAAAAUUGAGGAAAAUCGUUAAAGGAGGGUCAGAAUGGUGAAUAAUGACCGCUAAAAGGGUCCAGAAAGGCAGCAAAAAGGUCUUUUUAUCGAGCCUUCCAUUUUUUCUAGAGCUUAGAAGGCUGGAAAAAAGGAGAGGCAGCAAAAAGGGUGCAUAAUAGCCGAUGAAAUGGCGCAAAGAGGUAGCAAAACAGGAUCUUUUCUAUGGAGCCUUUUCCACCCUUUCCGCCUACUGGAAAAAAUUCCAGUGGCCACUAUAGGGGCUCGCCAAGGACUAUUUGGAGCGAGUACUAAAGUGGCCACUAACCCCACCUUUAUAGUGACCACUAUUUUCCGUUUUAGUGGCCACUUCAGUAGUUUUUCAUCCAGUAACUCUGAUUAUUUUAAAACAAACAGACCAGUUAUGUUGAUCCAUUGACCCCUAAAGUGGCCACUAAAAUUUUUAGUGGUCUAGUAGUAGCCCUUAGACCUCUAUAGUGGCCACUAAUUUUUAACCCCUUAAGUGGCCCUUAAAUUGACUACUAUAGUGGCCACUAAAACGUCAAAAAGCCCUAAAGUGGCCACUAGAAAUUUUAGUGGUCUAGUAGUAGCAUUUGGACCUCUAUAGGGGUCUUCUACUCUCCUCAAGUGGCCACUAAAACUUCAAAACCCUAUAGUAGCCACUAAAAUUUUCCCAGUAUGCUUCAAAAAAAGCUUUAUAAGUUCUGAAAUUGAACAUUUUUGAACACAUCGACCAGUUUUCAAGCCCUAAAAUUGAUUCCAAGGUCUCGAAUUUCGAAAUCUGUGAUUUAAAGACUCUUCUCGGGGAUAAUAUUCCCAAUUUGAAGGUCCACGGCAGCACCGAAGCCCUGGAAGCCCACCGACGGCCCCUGGUCGCCAUGCGGAAGGAGCUGACGGACGCGGAACGGAUGCGUCUCCGGAUGCGCGUCGAGACGACCAACACCCAGAAAGGGGCGGAUCGCGUCGUCGCCAUCGCCUUCACCUUGAACGUCUGCGACAUGAUUAUGAAGGUCGGGAAUACUGUUGUGAACCGAAAAGGUUAUAGCACAUCCCGGGCUAGCUUUCCAUAAUUUUUAGUCUUCUUAGAAACCCUUCCGGGAAGCUUCCUUUCUUAAUAUAACGGAAAUUUGGGGGUUUAUUAAAGGCGCAUGAACAGAAGAAGCCGCGCGUUUCGAAGCGAAGGCUUCUGUAGCUUGGGGGAUCUAAAGGGGAAUGAGAUUUAUCAGUGAAGCGUGUAGCUUCCAGAAGUUUAAUUUUUGAAGGUUACUUUUGCAAAAAAAGAAAUGUUCUUAUUUUUAGGUUCUCUUGUAGAAAAAUUAUUUUUGCUUACCGCAUUUUUUUCUAGCUGAAAUUUAGAUUUUUUUCAAAUUAUGAAAGCCUGGGUUUAGUUUCGAUUGGAUUUUUCUUGUUUGAUUAAUUUUUCUGUCUAAUGUUAUAUCAUUUCCUUCCUAUGUGUACCCUAAUUAUUUGCGUGGUUUUUGACAAUAAAUAAAUAAAUAAAUGUUUGUUCUACGGUUUUUCAAGCUGGUUUUUAAAUGCGAUUCAUAAAGUUUCUAAAGUUUUUUUAGUCGAUUGAAAAAAAAUUUUUCUCGAUUUUUUUAAAAAAAGCCGUAUUUGUAUUUAUCGUUGAUUAAAAAAAUUCAGCAGAGGUUUUUUUUCUGAUUUUUCAACAUUUUUUUCUGACAAUUUUUCAAGAUAGCGAGAUUUUUAAAUGUAAUUUAUGAAUUUUCGGAAGUUUUUUUAUCCGGUUUAAAAAGGCUUUCAAAAAAAGUUCUGAAAGUCAUAUUUAGCAUUUAUCGUUGGUGAAAAAAACUUGAAAAAAACUUUGGUAGGCGGUUUUUCGAAUAUUAUGAAAAAUAAUAAAUUUAUUCAACUAGAAAAAAAUCUUAUCUUAAUAAUAAUAUUUAUUUACAGGCAGAACAAAAUAAAAUGUACAAGACUGAUUUUAAAAAAAGAAAAAAAUUUGACAAUGAAGCUUGAAAUAAAUAAAUAAAAAGGCGAUUGAGGCCCUCACGAGCCUCUGACCCAUCUUCCUUUGUGCCAUGUCCCUUUUUUGCAGUUCACAGCCGCUUACUUAACCGGCUCGAAAUCCCUUUUCGCCGAAGCGAUCCACAGUACCAUGGACACUUGUAACCAACUAAUUCUACUCCUCGGUAUACGGUAUUCGGCCAGGAAUCCCGACACGAAUUUCCCCUACGGUUACGGUGGGAAUCUUAACAAUUAUCUUGUGGAAAAUCAAUCUUUUGAAGGGAAUAUGCGAUACGUUACGUCGCUGAUUUCUGGCUGUGGAAUCAUGGCCUUCGGGUGCGGAUUGUCGAUGUACCACGGUAUCAGCGGCCUCCUGAAUCCCGGCACCCUUGAGCCUCUCACUUAUGUUCGUUUUUUCAGAUUUUGGAGGGGGGAAGGCGAUUUUGAGGGUAAAAUUUACUGAAAAAACAACUGGAAAACUGAAAAAUCAGUGGGAAAAAAGGUUUAAAACUGAUAAUUUUGUGAUAUUUACUAAAGCCCCUCUAGAGAAAAGGCUGGGAAAUUCGUAUGGAUUGAAAUUCAAUAUAAAAAAUUAUUACAAUAUAACAAGUCAAAGCGAAUUUUCGAAAACCCUCAAGACCCCACUUUUGUUCACUUUUUAGAGAUUUUCGAGCGAAAUUUGUAGGAAAAAAGUAGAUUUUGAUAGUAAAAUGUACAGGGAAAAGACUGAGAAGCUUGAAUUUAAGUAAGAAAAGUUCAGUAGUGUUCGAAUUUCUAUAACUCUUGAGCCUCUCACUUAUGUUCGUUUUUUACAGAUUUUUGAGGAAAAAUUGGAGGAAAAAGGAAGAUUUUAAUGGUAAAAUGUACAGGGAAAAAGACUAAAAGUUGAAGUCUAGAGGAAAAAAAAAUUGAAGGGUAAAAGAAACUUUCGAUUGUAGAUUGGAAAACUCGAAUGAAGUUGGAAAAAAAAAAGUUUAAGGCUGAUAAUCUGAUGAGAAUUACUAGAAUCCUAGAGCUCUCUUACUUUCGUUCGCUUUUCACAGUUUUUUGAGCGAAUAUUCGAUGAAAAACGAAGAUUUUUAUGGUAAGAUGUACAGAAAAAGGCUAGGGAACUUGAAAACCAGUAAAAAAUAUUUUAAACGGGUUAUUCAAUGCGAAUUUUCACAACCGUCGAGCUUCCUACUUUUAUUCGCUUUUUUAUAGAUUUUUGAAGAAAAGCGAAAAUUUUGAUGGUAAAAUGUACAAGGAAAAGGCUGAAAAUUGUUGUCUAGACAGAAAAAGUUGAAGGGUUAAAGAGAAUUUCGAUUGUGGACUGGGAAACUUGAACUUCUCAAGGAAAAAAGGUUUGAAUCGAAUUUCGAUUUUGUUUUUCGCUUUUUAGAGGUUUUGAUUUUAAAAAAAUUACGUAGGAAAAUGAAGAUUUUGAUAGUUAAAUGUACAGUUAACAGGCUGAAACUAGAAACUUAGAAAAAAAAAAAUGGUUUGAAAUUGGUAAUUUAAUGCGAAUUUCUAUAACCCUUGAGCCUCCUACGUGUGUCCGCUUUUCACAGUUUCUGAGCGAAAAUCAGAGGAACAAGGUAGAUUUUCAUGGUAAAAAACUCCGAAACUAUCAAAUUUUAACGGACCAAAAAAUAUCGAGAAUCUCGAAAAUUGCUGCAUUUUUCAUUCUUAAAAACAAUUAAAACUGAAAAUUGAACAUAUAUAAAUUCGGAAGCUUUCCAAUUUUCUCCUUUUUUAUUUUACACCGGAGAUGCCGUCCCAAUAGAAAAACUUGCAAUUGUAAAUCUUUACUUUCGGAAUGAAACGUAGUGGAAACUGGAAAUGAACGUGUCACGUCAACUUUUCCAUUAGAAUAAAUUGGAAAAUUGCGAGUUUUUUGGUUGAAAAUUGAGCUAAUGUGCUUGCAGACUGUAUUUUGUGUAACUUUUGAUUUUAUAAUAUUUUUUUUUGGAGAAGUAAAAAUGAUUUUAAUGAAUAACUUUGAUAAGUGCGGAUAGAAGUUCAGAAAAGGCUCUCCUGCAACAUAUUGAAGGCAUUUGGAUUAUCAGUUUUCAAAUUAUCAACAAUUGAAGCUGAAAGUUUGGCAUAGUUUAUGAAUCUGAACGUUUUGAAUAUUUGAAUAUUAAUUUCCUAACGGAAUAAGGUGACAAUUGUGAGUUUUCUGGUCAAAAUUUGAACCAAAAACGCUUCAAUAAUGUGAUUUUUUGUUAUUUUUGUAGCUUUUGAUUUUUCUUCGUUGGACCCAAAAAGAACCAAAUUUUUCGAAAAGAUGGGAGCUCGGAAAAAUUUUUCUCUUGGUGCAUAUUCAAAUAGUUUGCAUUGUUCUUUUUUAAAUAUCGAAAGAAAAAUGAAAAUUAAGCAGAAACGAGGUUUUUUCAACUUUUGAAAAAGAUUUCACAGUAUUGUUAUUUUUUUUGGGUUUUUUUCAGCUGUACUAUCAGGAUAUUAAAGAAUCUUAAGUUUAGCCAUUUUUAUCUUAGAAAUGAGACGUAGGUGAAACUGGAAAUGAUCGAGUUACGUUCACUUUUUUCGAUAGAAUAAAUGAAAAAUUAACAUUUUUUGGUUGAAAUUUGAGCCGAAUUGCUUCAAAAUUAUGGUUUUCGUUAUUUUUUUGCAGUUUUUUUAAAAGUGUUUUUCUGAAAUAUUUAAAGGGGGAAUUUUUGUUAAUUAACUUCAAAAAAAGCGGAUCGAAGCUCGGAAAAAGGUUAUUCAAUGAAUUUUUCAUUUUCGUUUGCCGAAAUAUUGAAAAUCGAAGCUGAAAAACUGAAAAACUGUGCAGAAAGGAACGUUUUGAAUGUUUUUUUCUCAAAUAAAAAAUAUUUUACAUCAUUUUUUGAAAGAAUUAAUUGAAAAUUACGAUUUUUGGUUGAAAUUUGAGCCGACUUGCUUCCCAAUUGACUUCUAUGCGUUAUUUUGUAGCCUUAUAUUUGAUUUUUUUUUUUUUUUAACGGUAAAAAAUCGAUUUUUGAGGCCUAUUACGCGCUGUUCAUGUCCCUGUGCUUCCAAGGAACUUCGGCGAUCACCGCUUAUCGCGAAGUUCACGCCAAGGCCAAGAAGGCCAACAUCAGCAUGUGGAACUAUGGUUUGUGGGCUUUUUUUUUCGCGAAAAAAGGGAUUUUUCAUAUUUUCAAGAUUUUUUUUAGGGUAUCAACCGUCAGAAGACAGCUUUUUGGGUCAUGUAGGGUUGCUAGUUUUUUGUGCCUUUUUAAGUGACCCCUUGAGUGAUAACUGAGGAGUUCUUUACUAAUAAUAAAAGAAGCUGGUCGGUUUUACAAGAACUGUACAACGUUUAUUCAGAAUUUGGAAAAUUCCAUUUUUGAUGUAAUAUAACUUUUUUUGAAAUAUCAUUUUCGCGCCAAAAAUCAACUUUUAUCAAGAGAGCGUGAAAAUGGCUUUUUUGUUUUCUUGAAAAAAAUUUCGGGCUCAAAAUAGCCGAUUUUCGAGAUUUUUUGGGUCAUGGAAAGCUCGAUGCCUUUUUGAAAAUUUGCAGAAAUUCUUUAGAGUGGUUUACGAGUGGAUAAAUAGGAAAAAAAGGUUGAAAUAAUCUUUUUGGCCUUAUAAGAUAACUAAUUUUUUUAGAACUGCACGAAGGAUUUUUAGAGAGAUUUAAAAGCGAAAAAGAAAAAAAUGAGAAAAAAACUUUGAAAGUAUUAUUAUUUUUUUGAGCCUUGUAAAAUUGUCACAUUUUUUUAAAAAAACUCCAGAAGAACUUUAGAAGCACAUAAAUAUCGAAAAUCUUCGAGUAGGUUUUUUUCUCGGUAAGAUCAUACAUGGCAGAACAUUUGUAAAGGCCGCUGACCCUUCUUCCUAAGUUUUUUUCUUAAGUAAAUUUAAUAAUACAUUUUUUUAAAGAUAAAACUUGUAUUGUUGGGGUCGAAAAAUACCUCCCGGAGGUUGAAAAAUUAUUAUUAUUCCCUAAUUUUCCAAAAUUUCUAUAAGCCGACCCUUCCUGACUAAGUUCUGUACCUGCCCAUCUAUGGGUAAGAUUUCUAGUUUGAAAAAAAAAAAGCCAUUUGUGAAACAUCAAAAAGUAAAAAAACCAGCGGAAAAGGUCGAAGUUAUCAUUUUUCAGUAAGAACAUCGGCCGAUCCAUCACUGAACGUUGUUCUUCUUGAAGACACCGCGGCGGUUUCUGGGGUUUCCAUGAUCAUUUUCAAGAAAAUAUAUGUUUUGAUGUCUCUAGGUUGGUGUAGCGCUGGUCGCAAUUUCAUUGUCCUCCGUUCUGAACUCGCCGAUUCCCGACUGCUGUGGAUCCAUCGUCAUUGGAGCGCUUUUGGGUAAAAAUUUUAAGGAAUUUAGCCAGAAAAUUGAAUAUUUUGAUGAGAAAAACUGUUUUGACAUGGUGACGUAAUUACAGCGGAAAACUAAAAAAAAAUGGAAAUAUGAUUCAUUGUCGAUUAAGCGUUUCUAAGUAGAUUUCUUAGCCGAAACUUUAAUUUUUCAAUAUAAAGUUCUUUUUUCUAGAUAGUACAGUAUUAUAGCGUGAAACUUUGAAAGGAAAAACAUGACUUAAUAGAUUUUGUUAUCAUCCUUUUUUGAUUAUCGUUGGAGCGCUUUUAAUCCGGGUCUUGAGCGGAAAAGAGUUAAUAAAAAAAAAGGUCUUUAAGUUUCUUAUUUUCGGAAUCUUUACUUUUUUUUUUGUUUCGAAAAGGUGAUCGUGUUCUAAUAAGUAUAUACCUUUUUCAUACCUUAAUUGAAAAAAAAAGCCAAACUCUGGAAAUCCGGUCAGGUAUCAAAAUUGGAAUUUUAGAUUUUUAACGAUGUGACUUGAGCGGGAAGAACUGAAAAAUAAGAACUUUUACUUUAAUUUUUGAAAUAUAUAGCUUUUUCAAUCGAUCCAAGAACAAAAAUUAAGAAACGAGUAACUUUACAGGGACCGUCGCUUCAUUCAUCAUUCGAACGAAUGCGACACAUUUGGUCGGCCGAAGUUUGCCCAAGAGAAUCACGGACGAUAUCGUUUGCCGACUGAACAACGAUCCUAUGAUUAGGUGACUUUUUCCGAAAGAAAAAGAAAAUACUUUUAUUUUUUUUCGUCUCAGAAAACAGAAAAUCAAAAUUGUAUGAACAAGGAGGUUUCAGUAUUUGGAAUAAGCUUUUUGAUAUUCUAUCGGAUUUUUUAUUGUUUGUUCUCUUUUUAAUUGAACCUUUUCUGUUUCAGUUUUCAAUCUUUAAAUGAAUUUUGAAGAUCUUUAUUUUCCUCCAUUUCCAGAUCCGUCCAUGACGUCAAAGCGACAGCUCUGGGCGUUGAACAGAGCCGGUUCAAGGCGGAACUCGAUUUCGACGGCCGAAUGAUCACCAGGGCCUAUCUCCACAGUUCCGUCCACAUGCCGUCCCUUCUGAAGGCGAGAGAGAAUCCUAUACUAUGACUUUGAAAGCUUAAAACAGGAAAAAAGGGACAAAACUUCUUGUGAGCGCCAGAGUGGUCCCUAUAGGGGCUAGGGGGUGAAAAAGUGGCCCUUAUAGGGGUAAAAGUGAGGGUGCGGUCCCUAUAGAGGUCUUUUUAAAUUUUUCCUUCAGAUUUAAUAGUUUUUAAAAUUGUUCAAGAAAAUGUGGACGAAGCCGACAAGGGCCCCUAAAGGGACCACUUUGGAGUUCCUGAGUUGGGAUUCACCAUUAAAGGGAACACUUAAAAGGCCCUAACAUCAUUCCAAGAUGAUAUUCGUCCAGCUAGCCUCAUAGACUGGCCAGCGCCAGAAGGUUACGUUCAAAAAUGAACAGGAGAAAAAAAAGCUACCGUAAACUUUUGAUCCAAAAAGGUCUGGAAGUCGGGGUUAUUUUGGCAGCAAUAAAAGUGACAAGCUUGACGGAAUCUGGGAAAGCUGGAGUGGGGCUAAAAGCUCCGAAGAAGGUGUAAUAAAGGACCUCCCUUAAACGACAAUUUAGGACCCACUACAGGGAGCUGGCAAAGCUGGUAGGAGUUCGAGAAAAGACAAUUUUCGUGUCAGGACCAAUAAGAGUUUGAAAAUUAAGAGUCAUUCCGAAAAUAGGGUUUUAAAGGGCCUUCUACAGAGGAUCUCUCAAAUGUAUCCCCUUUAGUAUUAUCUGUUCAGAUUUUUGAUGUCAAGUCCAAUGACGUCAUUCGAAAACACUCUGUGGAUGGCUCGCUCUCUGAUUGGUUUAUCGCACCAUUAGGGGCGGAGCUUGAGCGACGACUAGACAUUCAAAAUCUGAACAGACUAUAGGUUCUAAUAUACUCCCUAAAGGGCUCACUUCAGCUUUUCCCAGAUGGGCUAUACGUAUAAGUUAUCCAACAACUGACUUUCCACUCCUUUUCCAGGAAGUUCAAUCGGUGAAAAACGCGGAAGAACUGGAGACCUUCAUGGAGCACCACGGAGAGAAGAUCAUCGAUCGACUCGGCGACGAAAUCGACCGAAUCGAAGGCGAAAUCACCAAAAAACAUCCGGACAUACGGCAUGUAGACCUCGAAGCACUGUAG